AUGUCUCCCUGGGCUCAUAAUUCUUGGAUUUGCUUAUUUGCUGCCAUGCUUGCUGUAGCAAUAGGCGGGAAUGCUAUCGUUAUAUGGAUAGUAACUGCUCACCGAAGGAUGCGAACAGUAACCAAUUACUUUCUGGUGAACCUGUCUUUCGCAGAUCUGAUGAUGUCCUUGCUCAACUGUCUCUUCAACUUUAUCUAUAUGCUUCACAGUGACUGGAUAUUUGGCGUGCGCUAUUGCAAGCUCAGCAAUUUCAUAGCCAACGUCACAGUGGCUGCAAGUGUGUUUACUCUGACAGGAAUUUCCUUCGACAGGUAUCAAGCAAUUGUACGACCAAUGAGACCUAGAAUGUCAAAAACCUGCUCCCUCAUCAUGAUUGCCGGAAUUUGGGUUAGCGGAAUGUUAUUGGCAAUACCGUGUUUAUUAUAUUCUACUACAAAGGAAUACAGGUCCAAGGGAACGCUGAGAACAGCGUGUCUUCUCUCAUGGCCAGAUGGACUGCCCGAUGUAUCAUAUAUGGAUUUUAUGUAUCAAGUGUUGUUUUUUAUAGUAACAUACGCUGUUCCUAUGAUGGGUAUGACGUUUUUCUAUUCAGCGAUGGGCAGAGUACUUUGGGGUUCACGGUCUAUAGGGGAACUGACUCAAAGACAAUUGGAUUCAAUUCGUUCGAAACGAAAGGUUGUGAAGAUGUUCAUCUUAGUCAUAGUAAUUUUCGGCCUAUGCUGGUUACCGUAUCACAGUUACUUUAUUUUCACACACUUCUACCCAUCUGUGUUGUACAUGAAGUAUAUACAACAUGUAUAUCUUGGCUUCUAUUGGCUGGCAAUGGCGAAUGCGAUGGUUAAUCCGAUAAUUUACUAUUGGAUGAACGCUAAAUUCCGGUCGUACUUUCGCACUGCGAUCCUGUGUAGAUGGCGUGACAGUUGCUGUCGACGGAAACGAGCGUUGCCAGAUUCACCGCCCGACUGCAUGUCCCAGUCUGGCAGCAGAUCCCGAUCAGGUUUUUACUCGUUAACGUAUCGAGGCACACAAAGAAUCAAGAGGAAAUGCAGUGGUCGUCUGGCCGCUCUCGUAUCAGGAGGGACCGCGCCAGUUGCCGAGACAGCCUUCGCUUGCUAG